UUGUGGAUCCGAAGAUUCACGGUUUGUGUUCUAUUGCUGCAUUUUUAGGCGCUGACCUUUGGAGGACGGAUCUUGACUUUGUGGUUACUCACAAAGAUCGCUUGGUGGCGCUGAGUUUCCUGUCAAUCAUCAAUGAAACAGAGCUGUGGACACAGGAGGCUGCCGAUCAACACAAGAACGUCAGAGAAGAUAGUCAUUCCCCGCAAAUUUCUGAGGUGGCGCUAGUGUCGGCCGAAUUCAUCAACUAUAUGUUGGCUUUAUUAGUGUAUACUGUUCGUUACCCAUCGGUAUUUUGGAAGGUUAACAAGUGGUUUGGUCUAGUCCUCUCCUUUCAGCUGAUGGUUACUUCUGUACAACAGGUAUUAGCCUUUACUUCCUUCAGCGUGCUCUAUAAAAUCUAUAUAUUUGGUGCCCAAGCGAUCCUGUUUCGGUUCAGCCCACUGCUCUUGAACGUUCCACUGUCUCUGCUUCUGUUUCUACUUUACAAUAUUAUGUUGACGCUGUCUGGAACCAUUUUAUACAUCUAUGGCCUCCAGAAGUAUCGGGAUUGGGAAGAGUGUCAAGCUCGCAAACGUCACAUCACAUGGCGAGAAGAGUCCCGACGACUUUGGGGGUAUAUUCCCCAACUGAGCGCUUUUCUUGCUUUGUUGAUUAUUGCACUCACGGCAUCACCUUUAAUGUACGACUGCACUAUGAUAUACUGCGCUAGUCUCGACGGCGUUAUCUUAGCUGGAGUAACUGGUACUAUUGUUCAUCUUCUUCUAUGGAUCCUGCUAUGGUUAGGCUUAACCAUAAAACACAAAUGGAAGUUUACAAAUGGAAGAAUGAAGAAGUGUCCUUUGACCUGUAAUGGGCAGAUUGCUAAUCUUGGAAAUAACAUUGAAAUGAAAACAGUAAAUGCAACUAAAGAACCGCCGUUGUUGGUCAUAGAAAACGGGCAGACUUACCAAGUCCGAGAAAUGACCUCCAAGAAAGCCAUAAUUAAUUUGGCUCUAAAAUCUAAUUUGAAUGAAAAGUCUGGCUCGCCUUCAGACGAUGAGGAGGUUUACUGGUUGAAACCUAAAAUUCCAAUUCCAUCAGAAACAAAAGAAUCGCCAGAAAAUGAUCGGAUAACACGACGAAAAGGCAAUCGUAAAUCGAAAGUUACUUUUGAAGAAAGGCUUUUAAAUUCGAGUCCUACAAAAAGGACUAAAUCACUCACCAAGUCUCCAAAAUUUACUGGAAAAUUGAAAAAGCAGAACGUCAAAUUUGAAGAGUUGUCAGAUUCUAAUUCAGAAGACGGAGAUUAUGCCACUUUGCGAGAAAUGGUUGUAGUAAAAGAUGAUGACCAUAAGACUCCAACUCACACGCGGCUUUGUCCGUUAGAAGAUACCGAAAACUUCGACAUUAGCUCACGCCCUCUGUUGGACGAUGGAGAUUAUGAAUUGCUCCUUGAAGAGGAAAUUCCACCGAGAAAUCAAGUCAGUGCCCCUGUUAUUGUUCAUCACGGUGUCACUAGUACCACGGAAAUUCCUGUUGAUCACUUACGACGGACAUCAGUUCCUGUCCCUAUUCCGGUUCCAGAAUCGCAGAACAAAAAGGCUUCUACUUCCGGUGAUGACAGUAAUCGUCAAACUGGAGGUAACCUCACACCCAGGUCAGGGUCGGUCAGCGAGAGCUCGACCACGCCUGAAAAAGGUGGAAGUGAUUCUUCAAGUGGUGUACAUUCAAAUUCUAGUAUGUGUGAAAAACGAGCUACAAGUUUGGAAAAUGUAGCCAACCUAGGAAGCUCAAAACCGUCUUGGAAAAGUAUGUCUCUGCAGCGCAAUGUGGCUCCACCUGCCGACGACAGUUAUAAGUUAGGAAUUUCUAAGAAACCUACUCCGAUAGAGAUUAACACUAUUAAGCCUGAAAAUGGUAUUUAUCUCGAUCCUUACGAAACUACUUUAGUCAUACGACGGAAACAAAGCGACGAAAUAGAACAUAAAAAGAACAGUUCUCAAGAACCUUUUGGUCGAGCAACUAACAUGAGAAUGACGUCAUUUACGGAUCAUCCAGGUUUCACUGCCACCCCCGAACAACUAGAUAUGGAGCCAACUUCACGUAAAAGUGGCUUGGGACAUUUAGGAGGAAUAACUAUUCUGAAAGGGGAUUCAGUAAAUCCUUACAGCAAACCAACUAUUACCCCCAGUUCACUGACGGUGGUGACACCUGUAUUACAGCAUCAGAGACGAGACUCUGCAAAUUAUUCAAUAGCGUCAUCUGGUGAGUCGGACCACUACACAUCACAAUCCUGACGUCAAGAGUUGAUUCCACGUUGCUAAAAAAAAACGCAAGCGAACCAGCUGAGCGCAAAUACAUUUUUUAAACUAAUUGUGAUAAGUGGCAAACAAUUUCAUAAAGAGUAAGGCAUAACUUUUCCAAAGUAGUCCAUAGCUUUCUUACUUUGACGAAACACGAGGCAGUCUUGUGAACGAUGUUCGUCUGGUAAGACAGUUAAUUGUUGUGUCAAACUUCAAUCAACUAAAAUAUUCUUGGUUCUUCACAUUACGAAAUACGAAGCUAAUCUGGAUGAAUAUUCCAAACAAAACGUCUAAAAACACUUUGAAAAUGAGAUUGGCUCUGCAUUCAUAUGAAUAUGCAGAUUUCACAAACUUUACUAAGUUUAUUUCAACUUUAUUGACAUAAGCGACAGAAAAUUUGUCACGAUCCCUAAACCAGUUGUCCAAAAACAAUGUCAAACUUCUGAGGAAACGUAUGACUCUUAUAGUUGAUGAUGUUUAAUUGUAGAGCUAUUUUCAGGGCUUUAUAAAAAGAUCGAACAACAGCUGUGGCAACCUUAAUUCUUAUAAAUCUUAAACAUUAGAAAAUUAUCAGAACUUAAAGAGAGAAACCGAACAACGUGUGACCCAUUCCUAAAAACUAGAGGUGACAAGAAGCAUUUAGCGUUAAUCACUAUGGCAUUUAUUUGCCUAUGUAAAAUGCUUUGAUAUAAAAUAAAUAAAUUUCGCUCGAGACCAACAUUUACUUGUAGAUAACUGACUCAAGUAAAAUAAAAUAAAUAUGCGAAGUUUCAGUGUAUUCAUAAAAAUUGUUGUGAAAUAAUAUGUAUUCAAAGUGCUGUAAAGGUGAACAGGAUUCUGCCGUAAAGGUGAGCAGAAUUCUGUCAUGGCAUUUCGUAAAUGUAUAAAUGUAAGUGCAUAUAAAGUUCAACUAGUAGUACAACUUUCUUUAUUAUAUAGUUUUGAAUAUAUAUAUAUAUAUACCCGUUGAGCGGGGACCCUUUAUAAUAUGGUUUAAGUGAUUUAUGUAUUUCCCAUGUAGGUUAUAAGAAGGAGUAGAUCAUAUACACAUAUAAAUCACUUUAGAAAAAGUUUCUGUUUUGCCAGUGUUUUAUAUAACCUUUAUGAUGUAAUCUCAUAUUUUCAUGCAUAAAAGUCCUGUUGAGCUGUGAAAACUUGUGCCGAAUCCUAUAGAUAUAACUAUUGUUAUGAAUUAUAUUUCAACCAAAGACCCGGAAGGUUAUGUUUGACAGUAAUUUCGAGAAUAAUUUCCAUAUUUCAACCAAAGACCCGGAAGGUUACGUUUGACAGUAAUUUCGAGAGUAAUUUCCAUAUUUCAACCAAAGACCCGGAAGGUUAUGUUUGACAGUAAUUUCGAGAAUAAUUUCCAUAUUUCAACUAGAGACCCGGAAGGUUAUGUUUGACAGUAUUUUCGAGAAUAAUUUCCAUAUUUCAACCAAAGUCCCGGAAGGUUAUGUUUGACAGUAAUUUCGAGAAUAAUUUCCAUAUUUCAACCAAAGACCCGGAAGGGUAUGUUUGACAGUAAUUUCGAGAAUAAUUUCCAUAUUUCAACCAAAGACCCGGAAGGGUAUGUUUGACGGUAAUUUCGAGAAUAAUUUCCAUAUUUCAACCAAAGACCCGGAAGGUUAUGUUUGAUGGUAAUUUUGAGAAUAACUUAGACUUCCAACUAAUUAUUCUUUAAGCUUCAUACACAUAAUACAUGUUGAUUGAAAACAAUAAUUCUUUAAUUGAAAACAAAGCAAACAUUACGUGCAAACAUGUGAUGAAUAAGUAAAAGAAACUUUAUAUAAAAUGAAGUUUUUUUCCUUUUUUUGUGAUGGGGAAAGGAGGAUUUAUUACCACCUUUUGGAUAUCAGUAUUUGUGUAGACUACAAAAUGUUACCAAAUAAAAACACGUUCUUUUUUUCAUUUGAUUAAUUGCCUGCCAUUUUUUUAGUACAUGUUUUAUAAUUUAACUCAUUUUUUAAUCAACGAAAAACUAUUAAAUAUAUCAAAUAAUUUUACUGUUUUUGUGGGGUCACUCAUAUCACUGAUAUUAUACUAAUUAUACAUUAGUAAAAGUAUAUACAACAUUCGAUGAAAAUUGAUACAGCAUAAAAUCAGAGAAAAUUUUCGAAUACUUUUUUUAGUGCUGUAAAUACGAAGAUAUGCACGACGUGUAAAUGAAGAAAGACUGUUUAUCCCAUGCUAUAACUGUAGUGCCAAUCUUUUCGGUAGACGUACAAGAUGUAUGUGUGUGUAUGUAUACACAUACAUAUACCGGUAUGAAAGCGAAUGUAUACUCACACAAAAUGCCAUAUUUUAAAUAUACAGUAUUUUAAGGUGUAUGGAAGAGAACGAAAUGAAAACAAAGCCAUUGUUGAUGAGGGUAUUAUUUUAAGGUGUAUGGAAGAGAACGAAAUGAAAACGAAGCCAUUGUUGAUGAGGGUAUCGUAUGAAAGGCCUGGCAUGGCCAGGUGGUUAGGGCGCUCGACUCGCAGUCUGAGGGUCGCGGGUUCGAAUCCCCGUCACACCAAAUAUGCUCGCCCUUUCAGCCGUGGGGGCGUUAUAAUGUGACGGUCAAUCCCACUAUUCGUUGGUAAAACAAAGCCAUUGUUGAUGAGGGUAUCGUAUGAAAAUAAUGUGGAGCCUGCUUGCAAAGUCUUCACCUCAAAACCUUAAUUCAAUUUAUUUUUAAUUAAGAUCUGAUAAGCCACGUUUAAAAUACUUUUUACAAACAGUUGAAAAAAAUUAACUUAUCAGGAUUUGUAAUUAUGGUGUAGCCGAUUACCACGGCUGUGCAAUAUUUCGACGUAAAAUUUACGGUAUUAUUUUCUAAGCUUAACUGAAAAA